UCUGCCGUCGCAUCCAUGGCGAUCUUGGCCGGUCUCCUCACCUUCGUCUCCACUCUGCUCGCCCUCGCCCUCCGCCGCCUCCUGCGCCGUCGAGGGCCUACCACUGCCGCCGCGGCGGGAUUCUUCCACCCCUACACCAACGACGGCGGCGGCGGGGAGCGCGUGCUCUGGUGUGCCGUGCGCGCCGUGCAGGAGCUCUGCCCGGGCCUCCCCUGCGCCGUAUUCACCGGCGAUGCGGACGCCUCGCCGGAUGGCCUUUACGCCCGCGCCUUCGAUCGCUUCGGCGUCCGCCUCCUCCGCCCGCCGCAGGUGGUUCACUUGAGCAACAGAAAGUGGAUCGAAGCAAGCACGUACCCGCGCUUCACAAUGAUAGGGCAAAGUCUUGGCUCAGUAUAUCUUGCAUGGGAGGCUCUCAAUAAGUUCAACCCGCAGUUUUACUUCGAUACGAGUGGCUAUGCUUUUACGUAUCCGUUGGCUCGGCUGUUUGGUUCCAAGGUCAUCUGCUACACCCAUUAUCCCACAAUCAGUUCUGACAUGGUCCAACGUGUUAAGCAGCGAAACUCAAUGUACAAUAACAACUCUCGUAUCUCUGGAAGCGUUUGGUUGUCUCGAUGCAAAAUCUUCUAUUAUACCAUAUUCAGUUGGCUAUAUGGUUUAGUUGGUUCCUGUGCACAUCUUGUAAUGGUGAAUUCCUCAUGGACAAGAUCCCAUAUUGUAAAUACUUGGAAAGUCCCAGAGCGUACUAAGAGGGUAUACCCUCCAUGCGACACUUCCGCCCUGCAGAUGCGUCCCUUGGAAAGAUCAACAACACCUCCUGUUCUUAUAUCAGUUGCACAGUUCCGCCCUGAAAAGGCCCAUGGUCUUCAGUUGGAGGCAUUUGCACAUGCUCUUCAAAGGCUAGAUUCAGACUUUCUGAAGCCAAAGCUUCAAUUUGUUGGUAGCUGCCGGAAUAAAGAGGAUAUGGAAAGAUUACAAAAGCUACAGAACAGAUCCAUGGAGCUUCACAUAGAUGAUCUUGUGGAGUUCCACAAGGAUGUCUCUUACAGUGACUUGGUACAGCUUCUAGGUGGUGCUAUUGCCGGGCUACAUUCAAUGACAGAUGAGCACUUUGGAAUAAGUGUUGUUGAGUACAUGGCAGCUGGUGCUAUUCCAAUUGCCCAUAAAUCCGCUGGACCGAUGAUGGAUAUUGUGCUCGAGGAGGAUGGCCACCAGACAGGAUUUCUAGCCUCUGAGAAAGAAGAAUUCACGGAGGCAAUCCUCAAGGUCUUGAGGAUGGCGGAGCCAGAGAGGCAAGAAAUGGCAGCAGCAGCACGGAAGCGCGCUCAAAGGUUUUCAGAGCAGAGGUUUCACGAAGAUUUCACAGAGGCAGUUCGCCCAGUUUUAUUAGGACAAGUAUAGGCAUUUCCACUGAUAUUGUCAAAAGACUAACACUGUAUGGCGUGAUGUAGAUUCUGAAGCUUGUGAGUAUCCAGGGUUUUGUUUGCUGCAUCUGCAGAGUUAUUAUACCCUAACAGAUGAAAGAUAUGUAUGAUAUACUGGGGUGUAGAGAACUGAUGGCGGAUAUGAUAAACUGCUGACUACUUUUUGACGAUAUGGUACUGUUUGA